GCAUUUGAUUUGGUCUAAUAAGCAGCAUCCGAGCACCAAGUCGAGGAUACUAAAACACCUAGGAUUACUGUGAUAGUGCCAGUGCAAAGUGUGUGCCGUGUGUUGUUAGAUCCGAAACCGCAAGAGAAUAUCCGGCAAUCCGAGUACCCCCAAGUGCAAUCCACAAGCAACGCGUCCCGUCCCAUCAAUCCGUGACUUAGCAGCCAUGAAAGCCUUCAUUCUUAUGUCCUGUCUGGCCCUGGCCGCGGCCCGCCCUGAGGCUGGCUACAAUUACAACCGUCCCGGCGGCGGUGGUGGCUCCGGCGGUGGAUUCGGAGGCGGCGGCUCCAGUGGUGGCUUUGGAGGUAGUUCAGGUGGAGGUGGCUUCGGCGGUGGCUCCAGCGGAGGCUUCGGCGGUGGCUCCAGCGGAGGCUUCGGCGGCGGCUCCAGCGGAGGCUUUGGCUCCAGCGGCGGUGGCUUCAGCUCUGGCGGCGGCGGCGGCGGCUUCGGAGGUGGAUUCGGUGGCGGCUCAGGAGGCGGCGGUGGUUUCGGCGGAGGCGGCAGCAUUGGCGGUUUCGGUGGUGGAGGCGGCGGCGGCGGCGGCGGCGGCGGCACCACCCUGGUGCAGAAGCACAUCUAUGUGCAUGUGCCGCCACCAGAGCAGGAGGAAGUGCGUCAGCGACCCAAUCUGCCCAUUGGCCAGUCCCAGAAGCACUACAAAAUCAUCUUCAUUAAGGCCCCAUCUCCACCCUCGUACCAGGCGCCAGUCAUUCCCCUGCAGCCCCAGAACGAGGAGAAGACUUUGGUCUACGUGUUGGUGAAGAAGCCCGAGGAUCAGCAGGACAUUGUCAUCCCGACACCCGCACCCACACAGCCCUCAAAGCCCGAGGUUUACUUCAUCAAGUACAAGACCCAGAAGGAGUCGGGCGGUGGCAUCUCUGGCGGCAUCUCCGGCAGCAGCGGCGGCGGCAGCUACUCCACCGGCGGAGGCGGCGAUGGUGGCUACUCUGGCGGCGAUGGCGGUGGCUCCAUCUCGGCCCCGUCCAGCAACUACGGACCACCCGGCAAGUCCGGCCCAUACUAAGCAUUCACCAUCCAACCAAUCAUGCGAACUUCGAACUCAACUUCGGCUCAAGCUGCUGACUAGUCCUGUCGUUGACACGCCCCCACACCCCCUCGCCCCCACACCCCCAACUCUCACAAUGAAUCUCCAACACAUCGACAUAUCAACAUUCAACCACCACCACAACCACUGCGACUUGACCCGAAACGUGACGAUCUUUUAUGUCCCUUCCUCUGGUCCCCUCGACACACUGCCACAAUCUUUCCUCAACACGGGGCUAGAUCCACACCCCCGCACAGUGGGGUUCUUUUGUAUAUAAUACGUUUCCAAACUUCUCACUUUCUCUCACACUUUACUCUGCUCUCCAUCCAUCUACUUCUUCAACUUUUGACCUGAAAAUUCUAUUAGCUAAUGGGCGACGAGUGCGGAUUCCUUGGAUGGGAAUCUCGCUUGGGCGCCCGAAAGAGCGAUGACAGAAGAUGAUCAUAAUUGAUGAUGAUGAUGAUGAUGAUGAUGAUGAUAUAGAAGAUGAAGAUUAAGCGGGGCCUUGACACAAUGCUCCAUGCAUACACAUAAAUCUAUAUAUAUUUUAAUUAUACUAGACAAUAAGUACUUUAUGCUCAAUAAUAAAAAAACA